GCGGGAGGCGAAGGUUCUCCUUUCCAUCCAGCCCUGUGCUCAAUGGAGGGGCGGGCACUGCAGUGCUUCACUGAGUGACUAGGAUAGGACCAGGGCUCAUCCGACCAGACCACCGCCGCGAUGAAGUAUAAGAAUCUGAUGGCAAGAGCCUUAUAUGACAAUGUCCCCGAGUGCGCUGAGGAGCUGGCCUUCCGAAAGGGAGACAUCUUGACGGUCAUAGAGCAGAACACAGGAGGACUAGAGGGAUGGUGGCUGUGUUCCUUACAUGGUCGCCAAGGCAUCGUCCCAGGCAACCGGGUGAAACUUCUGAUUGGUCCAGUGCAAGAGACCUCCAGUCAUGAGCAGCCUACUCCUGGACCCAUGGCCUUUGGCCAACAGAAACUCUACCAAGUGCCGAAUUCACAGGUGGCAUCUCGUGAUACCGUCUAUCAAGUACCACCCUCCUACCAGAAUCAAGGAAUUUAUCAAGUUCCUACUGGCCAUGGUACCCCAGAACAAGAUGUGUAUCAAGUGCCACCAUCAGUUCAGAGAAACCCUGGAGGCACUAAUGGGCCCCAUCUAGGCAAAAAGGUGAUCACCCCAGUGAGAACAGGCCAUGGCUAUGUGUACGAGUACCCAGCCAGAUACCAGAAGGAUGUCUACGAUGUCCCUCCUUCCCACACUACUCAAGGGGUAUAUGACAUCCCUCCUUCGUCAGUGAAAGGCCCCGUGCUUUCAUUUCCAGUGGGAGAGAUAAAGCCUCAAGGGGUGUAUGACAUUCCCCCUACUCAAGGGCUCUAUGCCAUUCCACCGUCAGCUUAUCGAGAUGAAGCGGGGCUCAGGGAAAAGGAAUAUGAUUUUCCUUCUCCAAUGAAACAAGAUGGGAGGCCAGACACGAGACCGGAGGGGGUUUAUGACAUCCCUCCGACCAGCACCCAGACAGCAGGGAAGGACCUGCACACCAAGUUCACCUGUGAUGCCCCAGGAGCCGCCGAACCAAUGACGCGAAGACAGCAGAGCCUUUCUGUGCAUCAUCCACCCUCUCACCCGGGACAGUCUGGGGCCACUCACAGUGAUGCAUAUGAUGUCCCCCGAGGAGUUCAGUUUCUGGAGGUACCAGCAGAAACCAGCGAAAAGGCAAAUCUGGAGGAAAGAGAUGGUGUUUACGACGUCCCUCUGCACAACCCAGCAGACGCCAAAGGCUCUCGGGAUGUGGUCGAUGGGAUCAACCGACUCUCCUUCUCCAGCACUGGCAGUACCAGGAGUAACAUGUCCACAUCUUCCACCUCCUCAAAGGAGUCCUCAUUGUCAGCCUCCCCAUCUCAGGACAAACGGCUCCUACUGGACCCAGACACGGCCAUUGAGAAGCUCUAUCGCCUCCAGCAGACCCUGGAGAUGGGUGUCUGUGGCCUCAUGUCCCUCGUCACCACGGACUGGAGGUGUUACGGGUACAUGGAAAGACACAUCAAUGAGAUCCGCACCGCAGUGGACAAGGUGGAGCUGUUUCUACGGGAAUACCUCCAUUUUGCCAAGGGAGCUCUAGCCAAUGCCUCCUGCCUCCCAGAACUGGUCCUUCACAACAAAAUGAAGCGGGAACUCCAGAGGGUAGAAGAUUCCCACCAAAUUCUCAGUCAAACCAGCCACGAUUUGAAUGAAUGCAGCUGGUCCCUGAACGUCCUAGCUAUCAAUAAGCCCCAAAAUAAAUGUGAUGAUCUGGACCGGUUUGUGAUGGUAGCCAAGACGGUGCCAGAUGAUGCUAAGCAACUCACCACCACCAUCAGCACCUAUGCAGAGACUCUCUUUAGAGCAGCUCCAGGCAGUUCCCACCUGAAAAAUGGGCCCGACAGCAUCAUGAACUCAAGCGAGUACACACAUACGGGGUCCCAGAUGCAGCCACUGCGUCCCGGUGACUACAAGGCCCAGGUCCAUGAUAAGCCGUUGCCUCCCACUCUAGGCAAGGACCAGCCACCAGACUGUAGUAGCAGUGAUGGUUCAGAAAGGAGCUGGAUGGAUGACUAUGAUUAUGUCCACCUACAGGGCAAGGAGGAGUUUGAGAGACAGCAGAAGGAACUCUUGGAGAAAGAGAACAUCAUCAAGCAGAACAAGGCCCAGCUGGAGCAUCAUCAGCUGAGUCAGUUCCAGCUGUUGGAACAAGAAAUCACCAAGCCCGUGGAGAAUGACAUCUCCAAGUGGAAGCCCUCCCAGACCCUCCCAACCACAAACAACAGCGUGGGUGCUCAGGAUAGGCAGUUGCUUUGCUUCUACUACGACCAAUGCGAGACCCACUUCAUAUCCCUCCUCAACGCCAUCGAUGCCCUCUUCAGCUGCGUCAGCUCAGCCCAACCCCCACGGAUCUUUGUGGCACACAGCAAGUUUGUCAUUCUCAGCGCACACAAACUGGUAUUCAUUGGAGACACUCUGACGAGGCAGGUGGCGGCCCCGGACAUUCGAAAUAAAGUCAGGAACUCCAGCAACCAGCUCUGUGAACAGCUCAAGACGAUAGUGAUGGCAACCAAGAUGGCCGCCCUCCACUACCCCAGCACUACGGCCCUGCAGGAGAUGGUGCAUCAGGUAACUGAUCUGUCCAGAAACGCGCAGCUGUUCAAGCGUUCCUUGCUGGAGAUGGCCACCUUCUGAGAAGAAAAAGAGACAGAAGGGACUGAGGGAAUAAUUACUAAGGAAAACUGGAAAUACAAUCUGGUUUUUGUAAAGGUUAUCUAUUUUUGUAGAUAUUUUAUAUGAAAAUGAAAUAUUUUAACGUUUUGUGUUAGUCGAGUUUCAUCAAUUCAGGGAGCUGAAGCGGGAAAUCUUUUUUUCCCCCUGUGUGGUUCUUAUAUAUACAUAUCUAAAGCAUAAGCUGUACAGAAAUGUGUCCGUGUUUGUCUAUGCUUAUGUAUCCAUAUUUGUUUGUAGAUGUGUGUCUGAUACAUUCCAUUAAAAACAUGAAUUAAGAAGCACCUUAGUAAGCACCUCCUAAUGCUGCAUUGUUUGGGUUUUGUAGAAAAUUAUACCCGUUGGAUGUAAUAUUGCUCGGCAUGUGUCAGUGGUGAGCUGAGCCUGGCACACUUAAUCUGGAACUCAUGGUUUAUUUGCCAAGUGUUCACCUCCCACAUAGCAAAUCAUGGUAUGACUUGUUGUUAUCUAAAACAUUUUUCAAACUUGACUGUCUUUAACACAAUGGUAAAUGACCCCUUUCUGGUUGAAAAGGCCAAGAGAGAGAGUGGGAAGGAAGGACAGAGAGAGUUUCAAAAAGUAUACAUUAACCUAAGUUACCUAAGGCGCAAUGUUUCGAAAGCUAAAGAGAAGCAAGACACACGUGCUGGUCUGAGACUGUCCACAGCUGUGACUGUGCUCUUUCAACUCAGCAAGAAAGCUACAAUAAAGAGGGAACAAUUGUUUCCAUGGGGCUGCAUUUGUGAGAGAUUAAGUCACUAGGUUUUCUAACAGGUGCUUUUAGAGUUGAAUUUAAAAAAAAAAAAAUUGCAGUGGGAAUUCAUGAAGAUAACAUCAGACUGUGACUGUAGGCAAAAAGAAGGGAUGUCUCCAACUGCCAGUCAUUGAAUAAAGGUCUCUCUGAGGGGUUUCUACCUUCAUUAUCCAAAGGAAAAUGGCAUCUCCUGAGCCACUGGACUGUGGAGCCACCAGGCCCUUUCCUGUUCUCUCAUUGCUUGGUGUACCCUACACCCUUCUGAAAACUUCCCUAUGUGUACCUAACACUCAGAACAGCUGCAGGUAUCUAUCUGAUCGAAACAACCCCUGUGGCCAUGGACCUUGUGGAUAUAGCAUGUCACCAUGUGACAGCUAGUCACAGCACCAAUCCUGCAGUCUGUCUCUUCACACGUCCUGUGUGGAUACAGCAUAGUCACCAGUGCCACCAGACUCACCGUGGACAGAUGAACUAGUCCCCUAUUUCUUUGUGACCAAGCCGAAAAGUAUGAUUCUUGUAGUCUCUGUCUGUGAAAAUUAUUCCAUUCUGGCCUAUUUGGAAAUGUGUUUUUGUUUGUUAUAAAAGUCUUUCUUUGAUGCUGUUUUUGUUUUGGUUUUCUUGUGUGUUUUUGUUUGUUUGUUUGGUUGGUUGGUUGGGUUUUUGAGACAGAGUUUCUUUGUGUAACAGCCCUAGCUGUCUUGGAACUAGCGUUGUAGACCAGGCUGGCCUCGAACUCACAGAGAUCCGCCUGCCUCUGCCUUCCAAGUACUGGUAUUAAAGGCAUGCACCACCACCAUACAUACAGCAGGUGUUAUGUAUGUCUUGACUUACUUGUUUUAAACAACCAAAUUACAAACACAGGGAGGGGCUUGGGAAGAAUGUGUGACCUCAGUGUAAUUUUUUUUUUAAUCAGAGGAAGUUUUUAAAGAGAUGGUGCUUUUUAAAACAAACUACAACUGCAGUUCUCAAAGCUCUGAGCUGCCAGAAGAUGAAUAGUGCGGAGGAAGUGGUUCAUGGCGCAUUGGAACCACUGGAUAAAGUCAGGAAGGGUUCGCUUGGACUUCUUACUGUAUGAUGUGUAUCUGUUGGGAAAGGGCUGCCUUGUCUUAACCUGAGUGAUGACAUUCCGCAUUGUCAAAACCAAACUACCCAAUUUGUAUUGCCUGUUGUCAUCUUGUAUAUACAAGCUAUUAAAUUUUUAGAUCAUU